AUGGCAGGUGUCAAAGAGGGUGGUGUGAGUGUCAAUGUGGAACCUUUAGUUCAGCAUGAUGGUGUGUCAUCCACAAUUGAUGCCAAAGUAUUGAAAUCCGUUGAUGAAUUGAAAAUCAAAAUUGAACAGCUAAAGAAGUGUGCAACAGCACCUGACAACAGAACCACUUGGGAAAAAAGAAAACAGAGAGAAAUGGAGAACUGGGCAAAUUUAAGACAGUGUUUGUUUGAGGCAGAGGUCAAAACCAAAUUUUCAAAUCCUCUGAAUGAAUGCUCAAAAUGCCAAAAUCAGACUGUAUGCUUAAUAAGGUGUCAACAGUGUGCUGCCACAUUAUGCAACACAUGUGAUGAGAGUAUGCACACAGUCAACGCCUUACAUGACAGACAGGUGAAAAUUAGGUUUCAUUGGGCAGACAUAGCACCACUACAGAGUGCUGAUAUUGAUGAUGAGGGUGAAGUUAUCCUAUCUGUAGCAGAGAGGUAUCCUCCAGUAUUUACUCGGUGUGACUGUGGGUCAGCUCAUUUUGAUUUUACCAAAAGAUGUAAAGUUGUUGUGAUAACAGAGAAAGGUAGAUAUGAUGUUCUUUUGCCUAAUAUUGAAUGCAUGGAUUGUGCGAAAGAUAUCUCUCCUAAACUUGAAGACUUAAUCAAAAGAGGCUUGUGGCCUGGGAGUCCAAGAAUUCAUGAUGGAAUGUAUCUCUUCAGUGAGGACCUGUUGUGCCUUUUUGAUUAUUUAAAGUUAGAGAAAGCUGGAAUGUCAGUGAAAGCUUUUAUUUCUGCCUUGCAGUUUUUGUCUGCCAGUCAUGGAAGGAGUUCCAGUGAACGAUUUAUGAUCGACUGA